GUUUAAUUUUCUUACAACGAAUCUGAUUGGUUAAUGUUUACCGGCAUGGAGUAGUUUCGCGAAAGUUGAAGUGAAAGCGAAAAAUGAUGUCUAUAUCAACACCAAUACGUUCUCGUGGAACAAAUCGUUCUAAAGAGGAUGUUGACCGUUUUGUGGACCGCAUUCAUGAACCCGAGAGAGUUGCCAGAGGAUACCAAAUUAGCCUCUUGUACUAUGAAGUCAAGGAAUAUGACAUAGCAAAAAGAUAUGCUAAAGAAUACAUGGUCAUUAGACCACGGAUUCCCCAGACCCACAAACUUCUGGGACAGAUAGAAGAGGCAUGCCAUCAGCCUGCCCGAGCCAUUGAAGCUUACAAGCGAUCACUGGAAUUGGAUGGCAAACAGAAAGCUUUGAUUAUGAAAAUUUGUGAGCUGUAUAAUCAAGUUACAGAUGAAGACCCCCAAGUUUUAAAAUACUGGUACAAAAAAGGAGAAAGUAUCUAUCCUAACAAUCCGGCCAUUUUCAAACUAAAGGAGAGAGUUGUUGCAGGAGGGGAUGGUGAAGUAAAAGACAUGGCCAAAUUGUACUUGAUGGAAAUUAAUAAGAACACUGAUGAUGUGACACUACACAGUAAGUUGGUGGGCGUUUAUCUUCAGUCGGAGAAGACACUGCGAGAAGCCUUCAAAUAUUGCACAGAGCCAACAAAAUUCAACAAGUUUCUGGGACACCAAGAGUGGUUGGAGGUGGUCCUCAAAGUGUUUGAAGCUUAUGAGAAGAAAGAGCAGGUGUCCACGGAUUCCCGAUUCCAGACCCAGAAACUGAUGGUUAUGAUGGGCCUGCUGUAUUGUUACCUGGCAGGAAAUGACCUCAUGACUUGUGUAUUACUUUUACAUCACCUGGACCAGAGCCUCUUUAAUGCUUCUCUUUUGUCGUCCACCAAACCUGAAUGGCAGGCCUUCCUCAAGGAAUGCCAGGGGCAGUUCUAUUUUCUGUUUGGCUUGAUGUUGUACAAAAGAGCUGAAAAGAGACAGAUUUCUUGGAGGGAUGCCAGUUCUUUUGCUGCCGUGUGUUUCAUGGUCAGCGGUGGUAUCCCUCGUUUGGAGACGAGAAGUUCCUGGUAUAAAAUGAUGAAUCCAGACCAGAAGAAAAUGAUCGAUCGACUCAGGAAGCUGAGCUGUUACCGUCUAAGUCAAGGAGGGUACCUACUGCUACCCCUCACGGAGAGAGGAAACCUGGUCAGAAUGAAGGAGUACCGGGCUCUGCAGACUGCUCAGGCAGUGGACAAUGUCUACCAGCUGAUGUUCACACUCCGGGACAUGAGGAACAAGUCCAGGACGUCUUUCCUUGUGAUGAGGGAUCUAUUUAUAGCAACAACACUAGUGGCUCCCUCUAAGACGUCUUUGGAGACAUAUGACGAAGGCGUGUUCAGUUUACAUGAAGGAAACUUACAGGAGCUGGUGUGGAUUGCUUUGAACCGAUACUCCUCUCAGGAAGUGACCCAGAAAUCUUAUCCGUUGUGUAUAGCAGAUAAAAUUCCAUUCUGUACCCGGGACACAAGUUCUGCAGCCCCAGAAUCACUGUGUCAGCUGGAUAUCAUGGCUUUCUUUCUGGCCGCAGUGAAGUGUGCAGCUUCGGGAUUCGAGGAACGCUGUAAAGUAACACGCUUCGAUCAAUACCAGCCUCGCUUACUCCCAGCAUGCCUCAGUGCAUGGCUGUGUACAGAGGGCCAGAAAGAUUGGUGGGAUGCUGUGUAUAAGUUUUGUCACAAUUUGGCCCGUGACCAGUCCUCAAGAUUAAGGCAGAUCAUACAGAAGGGGCUGGAGACCGUCAGACUGGGGGGCACCCACGGGGUCUCCGUUUCUCUUGUUAUACACCUAGCCAGGACUUUUGAUGAAAGGGUGAAGGAGUUACGGGAGUCCGAGCUGGAACACGGAGAACAAUUACACGACUUGGAGAGACGAGCCGCUCAUUACUGGGAAGAGGCAACCAUGAUGUUAUCUCGAAUGGAAAGGAAGUUGAAUAUUCCCUUGCCACGAGAGAGACUCUUUGUAGAUGACCACCCCAUAACUCUGGAUGAAAAUCAAGUACAGGACUUAAUAGAGCAGUCCAAUUUCUCCCUGGCAACUGUUGCCAUGAGAGAGGGUCGACUGGAGGAGGCCAGAGAACAGUUCCUGAAAUUAAAACUUCCCUGGGCCUCUUACCACCUGUCUCAGAUAUACAAAACGAUGGCUGACGAGAUCCCUCUCUCAAAUGAUGAGUUAACCAAUCAGAAGCUAGCUCUUGUUGAGCAGUCUUUAAAUGCCCUCUAUCAGACAAUGGACAAAAUCCAGGGAGAGAAAAAUCAUGAGCUACAUCGUAGAAUUCCCACAGACAUUGAUGAUUGUGUUUGUGAGCUUGAAAAUCUUCGUCGAUCUUCAUUAGGAAUUUCUGUGGUAGACAGUGUGUCACGGUACGAAGAUGCUAGGGAUGAAGUGUCAGAGUCUGAUGAUGAGGCACCCAGUUACAGCACCCCCAAGGCCAGCCAGGGGACCCAGGAAUACUCCAUAAAGACCGCAUCACCAUUUUCUGACCUCCCAACAAACAGCAGCACACCAUCUGUCAAAGGGAAAACUCCAACCCGUGUCAGCUUUAGCUUCAGUGAGCAGAGAAGUCGACCAGGAGCAAGUCCUGAGAGGUUGGAGGCUAAAAUCUGGGCACUGGAGGCCAAACAACAAACCACUUUAGAACUGUUGAAUGAAAUGAAGGAUCAACUGAAAGAGUUACGAGAGGAACGGGCGCAGUUCCGGGAAUUAGAGAGGAGAAUGAUGGACCACAUCUUGUUAUGCAGCACUAGACCGCAAGCUCCCCAGCCCUACAUGCCUCCCCCUAUACCCCCUCCUCCUAUCCCCCCUCCUCACCCCUACCCUUCACAAGUUCCCUCCCUACCCUCCCAGUUUACCUACACUCCAAACUCAUGGGUGCAGUCCAGCUAUAGUUACACCCAGCCCGUCUCCCCGAUCCCUGGGGGUGGACCCAUGUCAACUCGUCGUCAGUUUGGAAGGGGUGGUCAGCUGAGACCCGACUUUGAGGAGGACCUUUAUCCAUUUGGGGAGGACCUGUAUGAGGAUGAUGGGUCUCAGCCUCUCCCUGCGGUGUGUCCAGAGCAGCAGCUGGUACAAGACUGGCCGUUUGGACACAAGACUGGUGUGGAAGGAAAAUCCACCAUCUCCUACUCUCCACAAACAUCAGCAUCCAACAGAAUGCCUCAGCCUGGCUUCCUGGCCAACAACCUACGGGGACCAGGCAUUCAGUACUACCCCACAGCGCAGGAGCAGAAACCAAUGCCAGGCCCAGGAUUUUUCUCUUCCACUACGCCUGACGCCCCUCCAUCAGCCUCAGUUAUUGCCCAGGCAUUGGCCAGGUCGGCUUCCCCUUCGGUGACCCCAGCACUCUGCUCCCUAGCAGGGCAGCCUACCCCCUCUGUGUCAGUUGGUCUGCCAACUACAGCAGGAACAGUUGGUUCCCCCUUGCCGCUGUUUGGCAGUCUGAUGGCAGCUUCAAAGUCCCCAGACAAAGUCACUGCAGUGGAAACAUGUGGACAGAAAGAGCUGGGGAAAUUCCCCUUUGGUUCCCCAUCUGUGUCUGCGUCAACUGGUGUCCUCCCCUCCCAGAGUAAAGGCACCACAAGUCUGAGUGAUGCCUCAGCAUCCCAAAGUGGUUCUGUACCAAUGAGUUUUACUUUUGGAGCUCAACCCCAAAUGCCAGCUCCUACAGUAUCAGCAGCAGCAUUGGACGGCCUGAGUGGAGGCGCUCCUGGGUUUUCUUUCCAGAAACCAGUGUUUGGGGCUGCAACAGGAACGACAUCGGAAACCACCGUGGCCACCUCACCGUUUGCUUCUUUUACAGGAUUUGGAUCCUCGAACUUGCCAUUGUUCAGUGGACUUGCUUCUCAGACUGAGAAGUCAGCUAGUACUGUAUUUGGGAAAAGCACCACUCCUAUCACUAGUCCUGUAAAAGCGCUGGCAGCCAACACCUCAUCUCACUCCACGCCCUCCCAGUCACCACGGAAACGAAAUGACAGUAUGACAAUGGAGGAAUACGAGCCUAAUGUGGAUUUCAAGCCAGUUAUUGAACUACCUGAGCUAGUAGAAAUCAAAAGCGGGGAGGAAGAGGAGGAGGUGCUGUUCUGUCAACGAGCCAAGCUUUUCCGCUUUGAUGUUGACUCCAAACAGUGGAAAGAGAGAGGGAUUGGUGAAAUGAAGAUUCUAAAGCAUCGGAAUUUCAAAAAGUCGAGGAUCAUGAUGAGGAGAGACCAAGUGCUUAAGCUCUGUGCCAAUCACCAAAUUACCAAGGACAUAAAACUAUCAGUGAUGGCUAGCUCUGACAAGACGUGGUGCUGGGUCGCCAAUGAUUACGCAGAGGAGGAGCUGAAAGUGGAGCAGCUUGCUGUCAGGUUCAAGACAGCUGAUCUGGCAGACAACUUCAAGGAGGUGUUUGAAAAGUGUCAGAGUGAAUCUGAAACUGUUACUCCUCCCACAGGGGAGCAAAAGUCACCAGAAAAGGUGGAGACAAUUAAAACAGAAAUUUCCACACAAGCCGAGAGAGGAGGAGAUGAAAAACAAAUGUCCCUAAAGGAAUUGUUUAAACCAAAGGAGGGAACGUGGACAUGUGGGACGUGUAUGGUUCAGAAUGGAGCAGAAGUUAUUGUCUGUGUGGCGUGCUGCACUGGAAAACCUGGAGUUGACCCAAAACUGGUGAAGGAAGCUGUUAAAAAGAGUGCCCCCAAGGCUCAGCAGCCCAGUUUGGCUGAAAUGUUCAAACCCAAGGCUGGCUCCUGGUCCUGUGAAAGCUGUCUGAUUCAGAAUGUAGCUGAUAAGUUACGAUGUGUGGCUUGUAAUGCAUUAAAGCCAGGGGUUAAAGCAGAAGACGUGAAAGACGAAGGAAAGGGGUCCGGGGGUUCUCUGUUUGGGUCUCAGUCCACAGGCACAGCCAAAUCUGGGUUCACCUUUGGGACUUCUGCGACCAGUAGUGAACAAGCUAAAGGAGGUUUUGUGUUUGGUACCACAACAACAGCAAGUUCUACUGGGUCAUCUGGUGGCUUCGUGUUUGGAUCUCCAGCAACAUCAACUUCUACAAGUUCAUCUGGAGGAGGAUUUGUUUUUGGUGCCUCGACAACAAAGACAUCCACCACAACGUCGUCUGCUUCUGGCUUCACUUUUGGUACGUCUGGAAAGACAACAGCAGCAGACACAACAUCGAAAGGCUUCUCCUUUGGAGUGCCUUCCACACAAACCACAUCGGACAAAUCAGUAUUCUCGUUUGGAACACCUUCAACAAAGCCUGAAGUGACCUCUGCUUCAAGCACUCAGACAGGUUCAUCUGGCUCAGGGUUUCCAUUUGGAACGUCUGCUUCCAAGGCAAUUGGCACCUCAGAAUCAUCAGGCUUUAACUUUGGUGGAAUAGAAAGCACCAGUUUUUCAUUUGGAUGUCAGCCCUCUGUGAAAGAGAAGACAGAAACAGUCUCUGCUGCUGUUGAUAGCCAAGACCCUGAAAGCAAGUCAGGGCUGUCCAAAGCAGCAAUUUCCUUUGGAUCAGCAGGGUCUGCUGGAUUCUCGUCUGGACAUAAGACCUUUGAUUUUGAAUCCAACUCCUCAGAGCAGAAGCCAGAUUCUACCACCACAGAAACCACCAGUCUGUCAAAGUCUGUGGAGACUACCAAGCCUCAAGGCAUGCAAGAGGAGACCAAACUCUCAGGAUUCCAGUUCAGCAAGGAACCAGUGUUUGGAGCUGACAGCGGCAGCAAAUCUGGAUUUCAGUUCAAGUUGGAUUCCUCUGCCACUACUUCAGCAGACAGCAAAGACAAAAGUCCAUUUAAGUUCACCUUCUCUCCUGCAAAGUCUAAAACCACUGUGCCUGGAUCUCCUGAAGUGGACAGGGAUGGAAUGUACGUUAACAAAGAUGGGGAAGAUGACCACAUCUAUUUUGAACCAGUGAUAACGCUCCCAGAAAAGGUAGAGGUGGUUACAGGAGAGGAAGACGAGAAAGUUUUGUUUGAGCACCGGGCUAAAUUGUUCCGCUUCAAAAACAAGGAAUGGAAGGAGAGGGGUCUGGGAGACAUCAAGAUUCUUGAAAACAAUCGGACAAAGAAAAUCAGAGUUCUGAUGAGGCGGGAACAGAUUCUGAAGAUUUGCUGCAAUCAUUACAUCACCCCAGAGCUCGACUUAAAACCCAUGCCAAACUCUGAUGGAAAAGCAUUGACAUGGUAUGCAUUGGACUCUUCUGAUGAUGAAGCAAAAUUCGAACAAUUUUCAGUCCGAUUUAAAACGCCAGAAAUUGCCAGUAAGUUUAAAGAAGCUUUUGAAUCUGCUAAACAGAGGUUGUCUGGACAGACUUUAACAGACCGAACUCCAAGUUCUCCAGCGAGUUCGAUGACUUCACCUCGACUCCCAAACACGCUGCAAACGUUGCUGAGUGAGGACGAUGAUGUAGUUCUUGUGAUGGAAGAGAAGGCCACCCCAGCACAGGUAGAAAAGGCCAGGGAGUUUCUGUUACCCGAUCACUUCUACCUGUAUGAAAAUGCUCCACCCUGUCCAGGGUGUAUUGGCUGUGAGGAUUAUAAAGAAGGAACUAAGAUAUCACUGAAAACAAAGACCCCAUCACCAAAGAAAAAACAAGAUGAGGUGACAAGCUCUUCAUCUUUGGAAGGGAAAUUAAGUACCUCAGCUACUGCCUCAGGAGGAGUAUUUGGUGCCUCAGCUACUGCCUCAGGUGGGCUGUUCCCCGCUCUUGCUGCAGGAGGUGGAGAUUCUGUAGAAACCACAGGGAUGUUUGCUCAACCACUUGCUGCCACAGGGAGCAUCUUUGGAGGUGGAGGAGGAUCCAACUUCUCCUUUUCUGGCUUGGCUGCUAACUCUGAUUCUCAAUCCACUGCUUUUAAGAAAGAUGAUACUAAGCCAUUCAGUUGGUCGGGGGCAGGGAAGAAGCUCUUCACCCAUGAGGAUGGAGGAGAGGAGGUGGAUGAGGUGACCCAGGGGGAGGAUCCACAUUUUGAGCCGGUGGUUCCCCUGCCAGAUCUAAUAGAGGUCAAAACAGGUGAAGAAGACUAUGAGAAAUUGUUCAGUAAUCGAGCAAAGCUGUUCCGUUAUGACAAGGACACCAAGCAAUGGAAGGAGAAGGGGAUUGGAGAAAUGCGAAUACUGCGACACAAAAGCACUGGACAGUACAGGUUGUUGCUACGGAGAGAACAAGUACUAAAGCUAGCUUGCAAUCAGUGGUUGACCCCUGACCUCAAAUUCCAACCAUUACAGACCUCGGAGACUGCCUGGUGUUGGGUAGGUCAGGAUUUCAGUGAGAAUGAAGCAAAGUUGGAGCAGUUUGCAGUGAAGUUUAAGAAUAUUGAUUUAUCGAAAGAAUUCAAGUCCAAGAUUGAUGAAUGCCAAAAGAAUAUGAUUGAGAACCCGCCAAAAGUCUCAAUGGAGAAUCCGUCUCAAGUCCUGCCACAGAGUCAACAGAGCCCCCCUCCAGUCUUGACACAGAAUCCACAGUCUGACACAGCAUCACAAGCAAGACCAGAAAAGAAAGAUUCCGAAGAAGAAGAGGAGGAGGAGGAAGAAGAAAAUGAUGAUGAGUAUGAUGAUGUUGAAGAAAUCUUGCUAGAGAAAAGAGUGACAUUUCAUGUUCUGGAGAACCAAAACUGGAAGAACUGUGGGACGGGUGUUUUGAGAGUUAUUUAUGAUGAUGAUGUCAAUGCAAACAAAGUGACCUUCACCACAGACAAAAAGGAAGAUCUUUGUAACCAUCUCAUUGCCAUGGAGUCCAACAUCAUCCUUGAGAAGGGUCACCGUUUCUGUGAGUGGCACCCUAUCGAUUUUGCCACUGAUGAACCUGUUAGACAGGGUUUCCGUGCAACGUUCAGCUCGGUGGCUGCUGCAGAGGAAUUUCUUACGAGUUUUCAACAGGGGAGAACUCUAGCUCGCGACUCCGAGAUAUCGGAGAGAGAUAUGAUGCCACGAGAAUUGUUGGUGCCCGAGGUUCAUGGACAGGGGGCAAACGAUGACUGAACCUGGGGAAUCCUUAGGUUCGGAAGGACUCUACAUUUCCUGUUCAUUUAGAGUUUUUGUUACAUUGAAAAUGUCCGAUAUUUCCAUUAGUCACACACAUGUAUUUUACACAACAGUAAAAUCAAGUGUUGUGCGUACAAAUUACUGUGAAUUAUUGUCUCCAUUUCCAGAGAAUUUAAUUGACAGCAAAAUAGAAGUGUUGGUGUACUAGAGUUUGAUUUUACUGACAAUUUUAAGUAAUGUACAUGUUAAAUUGCACGACUUGUUCCGAUCUCUUACUUCUAUCCAAACUUCUUUCUUUGGACUUCAUUCUCCUGUCAUCUUUGAUAUGCAUCAUGUUUGUAAUAUUGUAUACUUGUAAAUGUUGAAAUAAAUUGAUAAACCUGAA